GCCUCAGUUUUCAGUAGAGGAAGAAAGCGGAGACGUCACAUGGAGAGAUACAACAGCAGUAGCUGCUACACCACUAAUCACACAACAUUAACAUAACUAGCUACUAAAAGCUAACCUGGCUAGCUAAUUGUUUUGUCUUCUUCAUGCAGUCGGAUUUGCAAAUUUGCAAGAAACAAAAUUCAUAGACGGUGCAAAACGGAAAACAAUAUUACGGUCACACACAGCUACCGUGGCCUCUUCUUGCAUCCAGUAGGCAGGGUAUUUAGGCUAGCUAGCGACUCUGCCUUGGCUAGCGUCAGGCUAGCCAGCUAGCUAGCUAGCUACUAACAUCGCUAUCGGUAGUUAGCUAGCUAGCGAGCUGUAGUAACUUACGUCAUGGAGGAACUAGUCGUGGAAGUAAGAGGGACAAGUGGGGCUUUUUAUAAGGGCUUUGUAAAGGAUGUUCACGAAGGAUCUGUCAUGGUAGCAUUUGAAAACAACUGGCAGCCGGAGCGGCAGAUCCCAUUCCAGGAUGUGCGCUUUCCUCCUCCAACAGGGUUCUGCAAGGAGAUCAGUGAGAGCGAUGAGGUCGAGGUGUAUUCUAGGGCGAAUGACAAAGAGCCAUGUGGAUGGUGGCUAGCCAAGGUUCGCAUGGUCAAAGGGGAGUUUUAUGUAAUAGAGUACGCCGCAUGUGAAGCCACAUUAAAUGAGAUAGUGACGCUGGAGAGGUUACGGCCGGUCAACCCGAAUAAACCAGCCACCAAAAACACCUUCAUUAAGAUCCGACUGGAUGUACCCGAAGAUCUACGGCAAAUGUGCUCCAAGGAAUCAGCACACAAAGACUUCAAAAAGGCUGUGGGAGGGUUCAGUGUCACCUACGACUCAGAGAAAAAGCAGCUGGUCAUUUUGUCGGUGAAUGAGGUCACAACAAAGCGGGCCAAUAUGAUGAGCGACAUGCACUUCAGGAGCCUCCGCACCAAGCUGUCUCUAAUGCUGAGGAACGAAGAGGCCAGCCGACAGCUGGAGAGCUCCAGACAGCUGGCGUCUCGGUUUCAUGAACAGUUUGCUGUUCGGGACGAUUUAAUGGGUCUCGCCAUCGGGACUCACGGGGCCAACAUUCAGCAGGCGCGUAAAGUUCCUGGAGUCACUAACAUAGACCUGGACGAAGAGACCUGCACCUUCCACAUAUACGGAGAGGACCAGGAUGCUGUCCGUAUAGCCAGAAGUUUCCUGGAGUUUUCCGAAGAUAUCAUCAAAGUUCCCCGGAACUUAGUAGGGAAGGUGAUUGGCAAGAACGGCAAGCUGAUUCAGGAGGUGGUUGACAAGUCCGGUGUGGUUCGGGUUCGUAUUGAGCCUGAGAACGACAAAAAACCAUCAGCGGCAGCGGCAGCAGCUGCUGAUGAGGGAAUGGUGCCAUUUGUGUUUGUGGGAACCAAGGAAAGCAUCUCCAAUGCAACAGUACUACUAGACUAUCACCUCAACUACCUUAAGGAGGUGGACCAGUUGCGACUGGAGCGUCUGCAGAUCGAUGAGCAGCUGAGACAGAUAGGCGGUGGAGGCGGAGGGGGGGGGACAGGGCCCCGAAACCCUAAAGACAAAACCUACGUGUUCGAUAAUGGAAUGGGGCUCGGGAUGGGCCGAGGAGGGGGAGGAGGAAAGCCCUAUGGAGGAGGGGGAAGAGGUGGACGAGGGCGGAGAGGAGGAGGAGCUGCUUUUGCCUCAGCCGAAAUGAGGUUGGACUUUGUCCUCGGUCCCCCAGGCACCAACUCUGAGGCAUCCAACGCUUCAGAGACAGAGUCAGACCACAGAGACGAGCUCAGCGAUUGGUCACUGGCCCCCACGGAGGAGCUAAUGACAGGAGGUGGGACCCUGCCCAGACGGACAGAUGGGAGGAAGAGAGGAGGCGGCGGUGGGCUGAGGGGACGAGGAGGGAGAGGAAGAGGAGGGGGAGGAUAUAAAGGUGAAGACAUGCAGUGGAACGAGCCGAGAACUCGUCACAUCAGAGACUCAAAGACAAGAGGCCAAGAAGACACUCUGCAGAUUCGUGUGGACGGGAACAACGAGCGUAGCGUGCAGCACUCCUCAGGUGGCCGAGGCGGUCCGUCCUCGUCCCAGGGCAGUCUCAGUGGCAGCGGCGAGGGACAGCCCCGCCAUCAUCAUCAGAGACCUACUAGAGACAGAGGGAUGAAGAAGGAGAAACAGGACGCUCCCGCGCUGGUGAACGGAGUGUCGUAGAUACCCCACUGGAGGACCUUCUCACUUAGACACACACACACAGGCAACUCAUCACAGAACAUCGUAGAGUCUCAGUCUCUGCUUUUUCUUUUCUUUCUCUGUCUAACACAAGAAUACACAUAUUUCCAUCAGCAUGGAAGUGUUUACAGUAGUGAAGUCUUAGGCUGGAGGUGAUCUUGUAUCUGCUGGUCUGGUCUGUUCUUGACUGGUGUUGUAUCUCCUGCGCAUUCUCUGGAUGAAAGAAGAGGAGGAAUUAGACUAAAGCUCAUCUCACAAACAACCAUUAACACCAAACAUACUCGUGCCCCACUAAACCAACAUAGAGUUUGUUUACUGAUGCCCCAUUUGGACUUGCUAAUGUGAGAGAAAAAAAUGAGGCAAAAGAAAUCAUUGGCCGUCGGGAAUCAAAGAUUUGCAGCCACUGGAGAAAGCAGGAUGGAAUAUGUGCCCUCGCUCCCUGAAAAGCACACUUUUAGGAGGUGGCUUCAGUUUUUUCGGCAGGUCUAAAUUUUAUUUUUGGUUGUGUGAAAUCUCCAACACAUCCUUUAUAAUGGAACUGUUUUGUCCAGAGAAGCGAGUCUCUGUGGGAAAUCAGCUCUAUUAUUCCACAGAGACUUUUGAGGUUAACUAUCAAUUUAAACACAUCUUUUCAAUGAGGGGCAGAAACGUUUCGGUGUCACCCAAAUGACAUGCAAUCCUAUGGGGAUUCAGACUGGAAGAUGAUGUUUGUAGAGGGCACUUUAUGGACUUUCUUUCUCUCUUUCUUUCUAACGUAGUUAUUGUUUCUUUCUUCUUUUUCUUUUUUCUUUUUUUUCAACAUUUAAAAGCAUCCAUGUUUCAGAAUGAAAUGCAAACGGGGAGGCAUGAGCUCUGAAGUCACCUGUGUUUUGUUUCCCGUUGCCUUGAUAUUCAGAUUCAGUAAAACUUAUCGAAACGUACAAAUGGAGAGACAUAAAUCUGAGGCACACUGAUGCACAUAAACUGCUUAAACACAGCGACUCCCAUGAGUUUGUGUCAGGGUACAUAUUGUUAUGAACUGUUCUCCUUUCCGAAGGAAGGUUACACCCCUGUACAAUGACCAGAAAUGCAUUAUUCCUGCGUGUUUACAAUUAGUCUACCAUAAACACUCCACAUGUGUGCAGUGGUGUUAGUCCACAGUGAGGGACUAAGCUCCCUGAACUCAUUCAUCUCAUCUGUAAAGAGCUGUCAGCAGGAAUCACCAUCCUAUACCAGACUCUUCAUCCUCUUCAGUGAAGGGUGCAGACUGAAGCUAGGCGUAUUUUGGUUAGGUCCACGUAAACCUGGCUUGAUGCCCGUUAAAGUCAUUUCUUUUGCUUUCAGACAAGCAGGAUGCAUUUAGAGCAGCUAACUCCUGUCGCACCACUUUGUUUUUCUUAAUUUAUGAAACUCUUUGUAUUUAACUUUGCCAUGACAAACUUAUUUGAAGUGUAACUGUAGAGGACAUGACAGACUGUUGAGUUUUUCCUUGACAAAAUAAAAAUUUGGCCUAAGUUUUAUUCUUUUUGGUGAUCUUAUUCCUGACCCGUUCAGUUCACAUAUGUUUUCUUUUAGUUUUUUUUUUCUUCUUGUUUUUGAACAGUAGAGCAGUGUGAUAGCAGUCAUGCUCCAUCCAUUGAUUUUCCAUCCAUCGAUUUUUCGAUCCAUCGAUUUUCUGAUUCAGGGUCUUGGGGACUAGGGCUGAUCCCAGCUGACUUUGAGAGGCAGAGGUCCAUCACAGAGCCUUUUCCAUCCACACCCACUGAAGUGUGUGAAAAGUCUUUAUCUCUGUGCCUUUGAUUUAUGCUCCUCCAUUUCUCUGAAUUUGGCCUGAACAGAUUAGAACUUUUCAUCCUGCCUGUUCAAACCCAGCGCUACACCCCUCCUUUAAAACAUACUGCAGAUGGAUGUUUUGUAGAGUGAGUGGUUGUGUGACCCUGUUUACAUUGGUUUCCAUUGUUUUGAGGAGGCACAGCGGUGUAGCCUGCUGAGGUAUUUUAUUCUAGGGUGAGACCAGUUUUCUGACCUUGCUCGAUACUUUUCUGCUUCGAGUCAGAGCUCUUCGAGGCGCUGACGUAAACAACCGGAGCAGCAGACGGUUCGUCUUCAAACAGCUCAGUAACUUUGUGUUACCAGUGCAGGCUUUCAGACAACAAAGGAGCAAGACUAAGCAGGACAUCGCUUCAAGCUCUUGAGGUGUUCCAACCUGCUGUUCGGUUGACACCCCAGUUGAUCACUGACUUCGUAAAUAUGUUGAAUAGAAGGAUCCUUAGGUUCACCGUAAACAUCUAAAUAGCGAGAGUCAAAUGUAGGCUGCAGCGAGGCUGUUGGUCAUUGACAUUGUCAAGUUGUCCUAAAGUCAAAGCGACUGCUGUGCUGUAUACAGGCUAGUGUAGAGAGGACCUGUGGGUGAUUAUGAUGAAAAUAAUACUCAUUAGUUCGAAUAAAGUGACGGUCAGUGUAAAAGACAAGCAACAAAAAGCUGUUCUUAAGGUUUCUCUGUGCAUUUGUAGGCACAUUUCACAGGAACAUCUCGCCACUAGUUUCUAGCACUGAAUCUGGAGUAGCAGGUUGGCUGUGGGUUAUCCAGGUUACAUUAUUCCACUGGUUGUUACAGUAGCAUAGGACUUUCCCAGGAAGAAUCCACUGGAUAUAAAGUUAGAUCACACAGCGUUAAAAGAAACCACGUCAUCAUGGGUGAUCACGAUACCUUAAUCUUUUUUUGUUCCUUUAAAAAAUUGUUCCACAAGUAUUGGCAAUCAAAUUGUCCAAGGUCUGAGAAAAUUUCAGUAAGAAAAUUGGCGCCAAUCUCUACUAAACAAUGACGUUUGAGCCAUUGCGUAUUUAGAUUAGCAGGGGCUCUAAACAGUUAGCCAAAGCUAACCAAACCUGGUGACCAGCACCUCCGAAUGCUGGUUGGAGGACCAGCAAACCAGUCACAUUCAUUUAGGCUUUCUUUUUCUGAUUUUGUUAAACUCAUUUUUGCCUUGUUUCGAUUGAAACUUUACUGUGAAUUAAGGUGUACUGACCUGGAUUUAUUGGUGAGAAAAGCAGUAAUGGUAUUGCCCAACAGACUGCUUUUAUUAAGAGCACCAUCAAUAAGCACUGCAGAAAAUAAAUUUACAGUAUGUUCAAUUAAAUUCCAGACUGUCAGAAACAAGAGCUCUCUCCUCUUGGUAAUCACCAGCUCACUGGUAACCCGUUCUCGGUUACGUUUUGAAUCCUGUUCCUAACCCUACAUUUGUCACCAAUAACCUGGGGGAUGACCUGAGUUUAAAAGUCAUGGCGAGCUAAUCCAUGUGAAUGCUCAGGGAAACCUUAACUAUAUUUUGUGUAACAUGUGCCUUUAAUUGUGGCUAGCAUCACAGCGUAGACUUGUAAAUCAGGGAUGAUGAGAUGUUACUAACGGACCAGAUGAAUAAAGACGGCAGCUCCUGUAGCGCAAAUCCUCUUUGGUCGUCACUGACAAUGCUGAGCAUCUCGAGCUUCCUCUAAAAGUCUAAGGGCCAUUUAUGAGAUGGGUGAUUUUUGGCACUUCAGGAAACUGCCUUGUUUAACCACCUGGUCUGGACACACUGAAGGUGUUGUAACCUUGUGCAGUUGACAAACGUAAGCCUGUAGCUCGGGACCUGGUUCGACUUGUUUCUGAAAUGGAUUCGGUUACUUCUGUGGGAACAUGCAGAGAUCGACUCUGAGCGGCUACUUUCAUGCCAAAGAGAGGCAUGUUCUCUGUACUCACACCUUUUAAAGGGUUUUCAGUAAAGACGACCCAGUGCAGCGUCACUGCUGCUCUCACCAAACCGAGAAAGCAGCUGAAGAGAUUUCAGAGGUUGAGCCAGGUCUUCUCUUUAACAGACAUGGUGUACUUUUUCAGUCUUGCGGUGCAUGCAUUUAUUUAUUUUGGAUCUUAAAGACAUUCAGUAGAUUUGGACACAUUCAAAAGAUAAGUUUAAGUUUGUUUUCUCUUUUUUUGGAUCAGUGUUGCUUUGUCUCAGUUCUUCUUGACCUGAGUUCGGCUAGCAAAGCCAGCGAUGAAUAACAUCGUAUGUGAAUAGACAGUGAUACCACUUUCACCUUUUUUAGGAAAUGUCACAGGAAGUAACCAAUCGUGAAACAGGCUUUCUUUGAAUUUCAUUUUUUCCUUUUACAAAAAAGUAUUAUGGCUGUCGGCUUUACUUAUCAUUAAUCUGUUAGGACCUUUGCUUUUACUGCAGCCAUGUUGCAUUUUCUUUCCUCUGUAAGCGUUCUCAGCAGUGCAUCGACAGAUUGCUCGAGUGAAAGUAACCCAUUUAUUGUCAGUAGAGCUUCAAUAUUAUGGAGUUUCUGUAUUUAAAGAAAACGGUUAGAAAAAGAAGGGAGGAUGGCAUACUGUAUAUAAUGAUGUCAUUAUUUGUCUAAGAAAAGAUGUUUCAAAUGUGCACUUAUCCUGAUAUAUUCUUUUUUUUCUGUUUAGUUUGCUAGAACUCUUGAUAAUAAACUUAACGUGUGGAAAAAA